CCCCGUUCUGAACGAUUAAUUUCCAAAAUGGCGCUUGAUGUUGAUAAAAAAAAUCUUUUGUACUGAAUGUUUAUAAAUUGAUCAAAAUGAAAUCUCUUAAAUAAUGCAGACAGAUAAGCAAGUAAAGAAGAAGUCAAGAACAUGGGCUGAAGCAGCUAAACUUGUUUUGGAGAAGUAUAAACAGACACCUAUGAGCCAUAAGGCAAUACUAAAAUCAAUUCAAGAAGACAAUUUAAAAGAUAUAAGUGGUUCCGUUCCUCUGGCUUGCCUUAAUUCCUGUUUGCAUGCAUAUUCUCGUGGUAAAGAGGCUGUAUUCUACAAAGUUGCAGGAAGAUCUGGUGUGUAUGGAUUAAUGAAUGAUAGGCCAGCUGGCUCAAGUCUACUAGAGGUUACAGAGGAUAUAGGAGAAGAAAGUGACAAGGAGAAAUCUUUUAAGGAAAGAAGAAAGGAAAAUGUGAUGUAUAUAAAGCUACCAAAUGGUUACAAGACAAUACCUCCGACAGAAUCUGAUGAAGAUGAACCACUUUCAGUAGUGGAUGAAAAAGACCAGAGCAGUUCAACAAUGUCUUCAGAGACCCUGGACAAUGGUACAAAUUCCUCAACUGAGAGCACUGCACUCAGGAGGAGUAUGAGACAACAGAAAAAGAAAAGACCAGACUUCCCUAGGAUUAUUAUUAAACCCAUUCCACCUCCUAAAGACGAUGAAAAGGCAAAGGAAACAAAAGUGACCUUUACAAGUACAAGGGUGGAAAAUGGUGUAAACCAUAGUUCUGAUGACAACCAGAGUGACUCCUCUGAGAGAUCUCCAGGAUUGUCUGGCUUCCAAAAAACCCAAACCAUGAGGGAAAUGUUAGCUGGCAUCCCUGGCAUAAGUAUGAAGCCAAGAAAAAGUAGAAACAGAAAGCUUAGUCAUGCAGCACAGAUUGCCCAAACCAAGGAGGGAUGUAUAGACCUGGAGACUCCUGACUCCAUUCUGGUCAACACCAAUCUUCGGGCCCUGUUUGGAAGAUCUACAUUUAAUUUGUUACCGGUUCAUUACCAGUACAAACUUCUUCAGCUUCUCCCAGAAUGUGACAGAAUUCUGGAAACGGAAAGCAAAUUCAGGAUGAGCACCACUGCUUUUAAUAAUGAAUUCUUCAAUAAGGCAUGUGAAGAAUGGAGGGAGAGGUUGUCAGAAGGUGAAUUCACUCCAGAAAAUCAAUUACGAUUGAAACAGGAUGAAGAAAAGGAACAAACAAAACUAGAUCCUUGGAAGGCCAAGCACUUUGAACCAGUGUGGGGAAAGAGGUUCAGUGGUCAGGCUGUCCCAAAGGCUGAUAUUCCAUCUCCCCCUCCCCAGCCUCCUAUUCCCAAAAUGAAAAUUAAGCCAGCCCUGAAAAAAUCCACAACAAAGGUGUCUACAUUAAUCAAACAGGAGAAAAUAUCACAGACUGUAUCACAACCUGUGGUUAACAGUACAUAUGUUAGUGAACCCUCAUCUCAAAGUGGUCUCUUGUUGAAAAUUUCUCAUGAUAAAUCCGAAUUUGUGAUGGGUCGAGGUGACAAAAAUGUGAUGCGUCAUCAAACAUUGAAAAGAUCUUUGUCAGGUGAUAUUAAGAAUGAAGAUGGAGGUGAGAGUCCCUCAAAGAAAAACCGUAUAGCCCCUGUACACUCCCCUUUGAAGACUGUUAUUCAAGUGUGUACUGCAAAUCAGAUGGCAAAAAUUACCAGGCCUGUAACAAUCGAUACCAGUCCAGGUGUGAACCAGCCAAAACAAGUCUCCCUUUUAAGCACUGCUACCUCACCUGUUCUUUCACAGAUGCAACAAACUGUUUACUCUGCUCCAAGAGCCCAAACACAUAUUUCUCCCCCUAAAUCAUCCCAAGAUAUGUCAUCCCAGACUAGAACUCUUGCACAAAUCAAAGUCCAGACAAAUGCAGCAAGAGGUGCACCAGUACAGAUCGAGAGACAGACUAGAACUCUGGCCCAAAUAAAAGCUGAGACCAGAGCUAAAAUUCAGAUGAGAAAUCAAGGAAAACCACAGGAAGUUAAUGCUCCCACAACUGUGAAAAAAUUGACAUUCCCAAGUGCACCAAUGGCAAGACAGGUACCUAACAUCCUGCAUGGCCGACAGCGAAGUAUCCCCAGUAAGGCACCAUCUUCUCCUCCAAAUCCCAAUGUCCCUGAACCUCCAGAAGAAACAAAGGAUGGGAUCAAAUUAAAAAGAUCUUUGCAAAUCUGUAAAGAUGUGAUAAAGAAAACAGGAGGGCUUUCAUAUCAAGUCAAUGCAGAUGGCAAAGUUAAAAUCAAUACUCCUGUGUCUACGACAGAACCUGUUGCAAUUUUAAAACAAGAUCCAAAGCCACCUGCCUCAGCAUUGUUGACUCAGAGUGCAAAAAGUGCCUCAAAAGUUGUAUUUGCAAACACUCCUGCUUCUGAAAAUAUGACUACUCUUCCUUCAAUCUCUGGUAUUCUCCCAGCUUCCUCCAGUUUACAGACAUUGGCUUCUGGUAAUGCAGAAGCAUCAGAACAGUUUGUUGUGCGUGUGACAAAACCCCCGACUACAUUACAGCCCCAGGUUACAACAGCUAGGGUGGUAACUGUUCCAGGAUCAAAUGCCAAAUUUCUAAUCCCUUCUGGAAUUCCAACUACAGCUGUUGGUAAUUCUAGUAUUGUACAAAUUUUGAACUCAGCUCCUGGAAGCAAUUUAGUGACUAUGCAAUCACUUCAGCCAUCGAGAGCCUCCAGUGCUCCUCCCCAGAAUGAAGUUACCCCAACAAGUGUUCAAGUACAAGCUGUAUCAAGAUCAGCUAGUGUGGGAUUAAGUAGUAACAGAGUAGAAGCUGGUUCUUCUCAGCAGCAUCUACAUUACUUAUUGCAACAACAACACCAGAAUCAGCAAAGGCAAAAGAUUGUUAGAGUUCAACAACCAGUGUCUGGUGAGCCCAGCACUUCUCAAUCAAAAAUUGCAGACUCUUCAACAACUCCAGAGACCAGCAGUACAGAGGGUAACUCAGUCAUGGUUCAACAGACACCAGUAAAUGCUGCUGCUGAGUCAUCGUCUGCAAAACUCCCACAAGCACCAGCAGCAACAGUGUCCAGGGUCAUCGUCAGUAGUGCAAGUCAACUGGUCAGUCAGAUGAAAAAGGAAGCACAGCUGGGGAAAACUUUGACCAACCAAGCCUCAGUUGUCACAGUUCCUUCUUCAACAGGAAACGGCACAACAAAAAUUGUUCUGCCUACUGCAAUCUUGACCAGUGCUUUGGCGGGAGCCCAUUCAUCGCACUUGAUUGUAUUCAGUCAACGCCACGAAGAUGGUGUGAUUUUCGGAUUCGAAAUGGCAGGGAGUGAGAAGUUACAAGACAUUUUGAACGAUUUCCCGGAGGUGACUCCAAUCAGGGCGUAUCUACAAGAUUACACUUACAACUACUCACGUCCUCACACGUGGUUUGGGGAUCAGCACGCUCAUUCAAGACUCAGCAAUCACCAUCCUCCGGAUUUUGUUGAAAGAAAGCCUAAUGCUCUUCCAAAACUUCAGCUAGAUCAUCUUCAUUUCCCACCCACAAAUCUGUCAACAGUAAAGCAGGAUCCAUGCAACAUCAAGGCAGAACCAUAUGAAUAUGCAACAGAAACAGAAGUGAAAAAUGAAUAUGUACAAGUCGAUCAUCCAGUGGUUAAAUUUCCACCAAUUAAGCUGGAACCUGAUGAGUUUCCUACAGUUAAUAUUAGAGACUUGGGAAGCAGUAUAUUACAACUCUCCAAUGCUGAAAAAUCAAGUAAUUCUGAUGUUCCUUCUUCAAGAUAUCUUCAGAAUAACCCCCAGAUCUUGCUACCUCUGCGGCAACCUCUUGUUGAUAUGACCAAUGUCUUAGAGUCAUUUAAUAGUGGAAGGUCAAAGGAGAACAGCCAAAAUGAAAGAGAAAAUCCCAGAAGGGUACCGCUCUCCAAGUAUUUGCCUGUUUUAUGGAAAUCCGUUUUUGAUUCCAGAAAUACUCAAAGCGAUUCAGAGGAGGAAAAACCCAUGAUAGAUAAAGGAUUUCCAAAGAACUCAGAGGGUCAGGAAAGGAGGGUGAAAAGGUCGAGGAAACUUCAAAUACCAGUUAAAAGCGCCCAAAGAUUGGACCCAAACUUCAGAGGUGCCACUGUAAUUGUACACACAGAAAUUAAAAAUAAAAACUGCAGUCUGACUUUAUCAGCCCAUUUCAGUAAUGUAAAAAUCUACAAGCACCAGACCUGCAGAAAACGUAAGCACAGUGGGUCCUACUCCAAUGCUGAUUCUGUGAGUGGCUCUGAUGAGGAAAAUACAAUUCCAUUCCCAAAGGAUACCUAUUACUCGGGUAAAAUCUGUGCUUCCUGUGGGACCCACCGGACCCCUCUCUGGAGGGAUGCUGAUGAUGGCACACCCCUCUGUAAUGCCUGUGGAAUCAGGUUUAAAAAGUACCGCAUAAGAUGCAGUGCUUGUUGGCACAUUCCAAAGAAGGACAUCAAAACAUACCCUAAAUGUCCCCAUUGUGGAGCCUCACUUCGAGUUUCUUUUGCCAAGCGACAUCCUUGGUAACCAUCAUCAUUGUAAAGCAGUGAAAAUGAAUAAAAAGGAAAGUUAAUUUUAGGAACAUUUUAAGACAUUUUAGAGAAAUGUUUUGUAUUUUUUUGUAAGUAAUUCUGAGUUUACUGUAAUUAGUCUCUUAAUCAAGCAUAACUUCAUCUUAGUUUGUAUAUUAAUGUUUUAGUGUUUUUGUAUCAUUUUUCCAAACCUUUUACCAAAAAAAGGGAGAUUACUGUGUAUGUGUGACAAUUAAAAAAAUCUUUUGUUCUGUUAAAAAAUGUAACAUAGCUAGAAACAUUGGCAGUAUACAUGCAUGUCAGGUAUUAUUUAUAGAAAAUCCUAAAAUUAUUUUUCAUCGAGUGAAAGAUUAUUUUUUUAUUUAGGCUCCAAUAAAUUAGCAUUACAGUGCAUUCCAUGUGUACAUUUUGAGUUUGUUAUC